GUAGAACAAUGAGUCUGGGGUUUGUUCCGGUGUUCUGAUUGGUCAGUGGUUGGACCGGUGACCGGCUCCGAUCAGGAUGUGGUUGUAGCCGAUCUGUAGCAUAACAACAAAGCUCCGUACGAGUCGGUCGACAGAGGCAGAGACAUGGCGGGGUUAGAGGUGUUGUUCGCCGGCGUGUCGGCCAGUGUCAGCUGCCCUCAGGACGCCGUGGUGUGUUUCGUCCACUGGGAGCUGAUAAAGAGCGGAUUCAGAUGUGUCGGCUCCGGAGACGAGCCCCGCAGCAGUGACAGGAGGUCCGAGCUGCUGCCUCCGGACUGGAGCAGCAACAAGGAGCUGUACAGUCUGCGAUACAAGCCCGGCGACGGUGACACACAGCUGCUGCUCAAAGCCAUCGCAGUGGACUCCAUCUUGAUCUUCAACCUGAUGAACUGCAGCACGCAGCAGGUGUCGGACCUGACGGUGAACCUCAGCGACCACGUGGACACCGACCACCUGCACACGUUUGACAGUGUGUACAAAGACAAAGACUGUUUGUCAGCCCAGGUGAAGAGUCAGCUGCUGCCCUCCCAGGACAAACCGACGGCGCCGAGGGCGGAGAGGAGGAGUCGGAGGGAGGAGGAGCAGGAGCAAGAGGAGGAGCGGCAGAGGAGGAGACGAGGAGAGGACAGCGACCCCCUCCGCAUCCCCAGCAGACGUCCUCGCCAGGGAACACAGCCUCACUGGCCUGACCCCAUGGUUCCUCCAUUCGCUGCUGGAGGAGCAGAUCUGGAUCCGUUUGGGAAUCGUGGAGGUGGUGGGAUGAUAAUGGACCCGUUGAGGUCGGGGUAUCCUCGCUCUGGUUUUGACCCGUCCAGCGGGAUACCAGACAUCCUGCCCCCCGGAGCCGUUCCCCCCGGAGCUCGCUUCGACCCGUUUGGACCAAUCGGACGACACAGACCGGGGCCGGACCCGGACCACAUGCCCCCUCCCGGCUAUGAUGACAUGUUCAUGUAGUUCAUGUACUUCCUGUUUACUUACUCAAAAAAUAAUCUUUUCAUUUUUUUAUUUUCUCCAGUUAAUUUUUCUGGGUUUUUUUGAGGAGGGUUUGUUCAAGUGUUGAUAUUCAUCAGCUAAUAAAUAUAGGUCACGCUGACGACUUCCUUUCUGUCGAUGGUAAACAAAUCAAAAGAAAACUUUAUCGGCCACGCGUCGGUUUCGCCAAUCGGCAAAUAAACUGCCGUUCACCGACGGCAGUGGCCGCAGAUGUUGGUCUGUGGCGCCGCGUUACUUUUGUUGCGUUGGUUCUUUGCGGUCUGACUCAGACGACAGACGACCAGACGCCACAUGGGAGAAGAUUCCAAUAGGUCGUGCAAGAGGGCGACGUUUUCAAACGGAAGUGCAAUGAAAAAAUUGAUUCUGAUUGAGUCGGAUCCUUUUUCUGCGUCGCAUCCCAGAUGUGAGGAUGUUAAACGACUCGCAGCUGAUGGAGAAGGUCGGCUGCCGUAGCUGGAGAUGAGACGUGACGCGUCUGAGGAGGUUCUGGACGAAAACGGACCAGAAAGGACCAAAGGACAAAGGCGUCACAGGAACCGGACGGAGGCCGGAAUUGGUGUCGUUUGGAUAAAACUCCACGAAACUGCGCUCGAGUUUUAACGACGUUUCGUUUGUGAGUUAUUGAUCUGAGUCAGAAACUGGGAUUAUCUUUCCCACUUCGCCGCAGCGAUCGGCCGGACGUUGGUUCGAGUUCACGCAGAAUCGAUUGCUUUUCCUCCGUGUUCCGGAUGUUGCAUCUGAGUUUUUUUUCUGAACACAGAAUUUUGGGAUCUGAAUUUGGCCCCGUCAAAUUAAGCGCCUCCAAUUUAUAUAUUAAUUCUGCAAUUUGAAUUUCUUAAAUUAUGAAUUUGUCAAAAAUCAGUUGUUGAAUUGACACAAAAAAUUCAGAUGCAUAAUUUCAGUGAAUGAAGAUUUGCUUUCAUAGAUGUCAUAUUCCAAGAUGCUCAAAUAAAAAUGUUUGAAUUCA